CGGGGGGGUUCAUCUUCAUAUGAUUUGCUUAUCAUUUCUUUAUCCAUCGUCACUGUGUUGCGUGUAAUAGAAGCCCUCUAUCAUCCCUUUCACUGUAUAGAUAUCUACUUGACAUUCGCUUCUACUAUAUCGGAAUUGCCUCUUUGUUUUCUCCCCAUUAACUAGUACCUUAUUUAAUACAAGUGGCAGCACGGACAGAAGGAGCAAUUGUCCCGUUCUCUGUUACGUCUCGGUCUCAGCCAGCAUCGGCUCCUUGAGACACGCUCUCCGUUGCAUCGACAUCAUUUGUUCAUGCUAACCUCUCACUCGAGCUAUUGACAUCCGAGCUCAAACCAACGACUCAUGGCGUCUCGCGAUGCCUCCGAGGGCCCCUCGGCUCGUCCCUCUGCCAUACGCACUGCUUCCCACACGCACACUCCUAAAACAACUGCUUCUGGCAGCGACGAUCGAUUAAAAGUCCCCAAAAGAGCUCAUACGUUUGCAAACACCACUCCGGCGAAAGACGGCACUGCAUCUCCUGAUGCCUUCGACACUGCCGAGCAUAGCGAUUCAGACGAUGGAAUUGAAAUACCUCGGGCUUCCAUCGAGCUAGACAUCCUUCCCAUCGAACUUAUAACCUUGACGGAUAGCUUCAUCGAGUCUCUGAAUGCAAAAGUCCAUCCGACUCCUCCCAACAUUGAGAGAUUAUCGCAGAAGUUUCAAGAGUUUUAUACGCAAGCCUCUGCUAACAUAAACACCCAUAUCAACGCUCUUGCCUCAAGACAAAGCCGCGACGUCUCUCCCGCACCAUCCACCUCUUCAAUAUCCUCUGCCGCCAGUCGCCUUCGAUCAAAGGCCAGUGCGCUUACCAAGGCUGAACCAGAGCAGCAAAUGAUCACAUCAGAAGAGCUAGCAAGCCGCAAGAGAACAAGGAAAGCCCUUGAAGCCAAGAGGUCUCUGCUGGAAGAGGCCGUCGAGCGUAGACUGUGUGAAGGUAUCUACGACAAGAUUUACAGGCACCGAAGCACGCAGGAUGAGGCCCAAGAUGACAAACUACGCUCCAAGACUGCCGCCUUGGCCUUGGUCGGUAUUGGGCCUGCUGACCUAGGCAUUGACCUCACCGGCGAGACAGAUGAAUCUGAGGGAAAAGCUGGCCCGACAGUGGAAGAUAUUAAAGAGAAGCUGGAGCCCGCCAGACGAGAUAUUGCCAUGAUGACGCAGAAGCGAUAUCCACUGGGUAAGCUGAAUCAUCUCAAAGCUGCCCAUCGAAGUAUCGUCGACACCCUCGCUCAUUUUCAUCCUUCGGCAUCCGCUGACGAGAUUAUGCCUAUGCUUAUCUACACCCUUAUAACUCUGCCGCCAGAGAACCUACAUGUCAUUAGUGAUGUUCACUUUAUACAGUAUUUUCGAUGGGAGCCGAAGCUUACAGGCGAGGCUGCUUACUGUUUGACAAACCUUGAGGCUGCUAUCAGCUUUCUGCAGACAGUGGAUCUUACAACACUCAGGGCGGAUGAACAGCUUUCCGGUCCAGCAAAGAGCACAAGCCCAAGGACCGAUACUUUUCCUCCCGCUUACCAGCAAGGAGAAAUGCCCUCAUCGGCAAAUAUGCCCGAAACAAGCAAGACCAAGGCUGAGGGGGGAAAGACCUCAGCCUCCGAUGUUAAAGCAUCUGUGGCGUUGCGAAACCGUCGUCUGAGCGAUCUUGUGAACGGGCCUGCACAGGCUUUCGGGGCUGCCAGCGAUGCGGUCUUUAACACAGCCGACCAGAGCUUGAAAAACAUAUCGAACAGCCUGGGAGAUAGUUACAAAUUCCUCGUAGGGAAAUUAAGGGAGCAUCAGGAUAGCCCCCGAGAGUCUAUCACAGUACCUAGGACUCUAGAUGAUGCCCGAAAACUUGUCAGCACGCCCUCCCCGGAUGAGGAGGACAGCAGCGGGCUCAACAGACUCCUUGCACCUGACGACAAUGAUCUUUCGAAGCGCCCAGCCUCUCGCGAAGAACGAGUCCUGAACCUGAUAGGAGGCCGCCGCGACCGCAGUGCUGAUAGUGCUCGAAGUGGUCGCAGUGCGAGCUCUUCAAAGAAAGUAUUGUUCGCUUCUGACGAGCCUAAGACAGCCAACCAAAUUCCGGGGCAGAACCCUGCCGUUCUGGACCAGAUGCGCAACUUAGGCAAUUCUUUUAAUCCUAUGGCUCGACUUCCCAGCAUCAGCAUGAUCCGUGGAUUUGGGCGCAACACCCCAUCAGCCCCUUCAACCCCAGCUGCUAAGGAGCCGGUGAAGCCCGCAGACGGUGGAGAUUUAGGAACAGCAUUCCCUGACAUCGCCGCAGCUCUUCCACCAAAAGAGAUUCCUAGAAUUGCUCCGCCUAACAAACGCUUCAUGGAGAUACAGACUCCUGGGGAACUUAAGCUGGGUGAAGUUCUUGACUUAUUGCGAGAUUACCGUCGUUUGGCUGGCGCAUUGAAGGAUAUUGGUGCUUUUGAGACCAAGUGAGCAGGCCAUCAUAAAAUACAGACCUAUGCAUAGAUUCUCUAGACUUAAUUAAACUUGGAUGAAGUAACUGUAUAGGAGCAGUGGAUAUGCUAUAUGAAUAGCAAAAGUGUAGUUAUUGUACUGGAUGCAAAGAAUGAUUAAAUGGCCAUGGUUUGCACCUAGGGCGGGAUCGCCUUCUAUUGGGCAUGAAUACUCUAACGAAGACCAUGAUGAUAUGCAAGUCCCUGGACAAGAUGAAACGCCAGUGUGGUCUGGAACUUGCUACGCUACAUAAAAGGCCAUGAAUAUGAAAACACCUUGGUCCAGCCUCUAGAACCAUCAUAAAUUUGCGACAUU